AUGAGUUCCACCUCCAGCGAGCCUGGCAACGGGGGCUCUGCCGAGCGGUCCCGGCCGGGGCUGGACGCUGUGAUCCAGAGGCUGGAGGACACCGUCCUGAGCCCUGUGGCCAGCAGAGAAGACCGGGCGCUGACCAUGCGUGGGGGAGGCUGGCGGGCCUCACCCAUCCCCGUGCCUGCCCGCAUCCGUGAGAUUGUGGCUGGCAACCUGGGCGAGGAGCCGCCGCAAGGGGUGCGGGAGCCGCCAGCCGCCUCGGCCCACGUGCAGGAGGAGCUGCUGGCCCAGGUGGGGGCCGAGCGGGACGAGCCGGCCGGCAGGUACCGCGCAGUCAGCGAGCAGCUGCAGGCCCGGCUGGAGGCCACUGAGGCUCGGCUGCGGAGGUCAGAGCGGGAGCACAGCGUCAACCUGGAGGAGGCCCUCGGCCGGCUAGAGGCUGCCGAGCAGAGGAGCACCGGCCUCUCCCAGGUGAACACCCUCCUGCGGGAACAGCUGGGACACAUGAAGAAGGCCAACGACAGGCUGGCCGAGGAGCUGGCCGGGACGACGGGCAGCGUGCUCCGUCUGCGGGCGGAGCUGGAGCUGCGGGAGAGGCAGCGCUGGACCCAGAGAGAGACCCAGCGUACUCGCGCGGGGCGGCACCAGGAUGUCCUCCUCCUGCAGAGACAGGUCACCGCCCUCCGUGGACACCUGGCUGAGCUGCGUGCGGCCACUGAGAGGGGCCUCGCUGACAUGCGAGCGGACGCGGCCAGGACGGCCCAGCGCCUGCACACGGCCUGCCUGAACCUCGGCUCCAACCUGCGGCUGACGGCCAGCCGCCCAGCCAGCGCCCUGAAGCAGCAGCUGCAGGACAAGGUGCGGGAGAUGCUGCAGCUGCAGGGCCGCUGGGAUGCCGAGAAGGUGGCACUUCAGGCCAGACUCUGGGAGCAGACGUUGCUGGUGGGGAAGCUCACAGAGCAGAACACGGACAAGGAGAAGACCAUCGCCUCCCUCAGAACGGAGGUUCAGGAGCUGGUGGCGCAGGCAGACGCGGGGUGCCCGGAGCCAGCCUGGAGCGUCAGCCUGAAGGCAGGGGCGCCGAGGCCAACAAGGAGCCCCCCACGGGCCGGUCGCCCCCCACGGGCCUGCUCCCCGGCCGCCCUGGACCCUGCGCUACGGGCUGUGCAGGUGGCCAUUGAGAGGCGGCGGCGGCAGCGGAGCAGACUGCGCCGGCGGCUGGAGUCCUCCGAGGCAGCGGCCGACCGGGCUCCACGAGCAGCUGUCGAGAGCCAGCGGGAGCUGCGGGCCUCGCGGAGGCUCCUGCAGGAGCGGGGGCAGGAGCAGGACCGGGGGCGCCAGGACCUCCUGGGCAAGCUGGGGGCGCAGCGCUGCCGGGGAGUCCAGCGAGCUCCCGGGAAGGUGAGGCUGGCGGGCCGAGAGAAGCCCGCUCUGGAGGAGGUGGUGGAGGAGCUGGGGGGCAAGGUGGAUGCUUCCAGCAUGGGGCAGCAGAGUCCGGAGGCCGGGAACCUCCCGCGGGGGGCGGGCCAGAAGGAGGAGCUGGUGCAGCAGGGCGAGCAGGGCCAGAGGGAGCUGGAGAGCAGUCAAGGGCGCCUGGAGCAGCUGGAGGAGAAGGUCUCAGGGCUCAAGAAGGAGCUGGUGUCGGUCCAGGAGGUGCUGAACGCAGCGCGGCUGCAGAGGGACGUCCUGGAGAGCGAGGGGGAGGGUCUGCGCAGCGCCCUGGCCCGGGCCGAGUCCAGCAAGACCGACCUGGAACUGCUGGUGAGCCAGCUCAAGGCGGAGGGGGUGGAGCAGAGGCGCUCCCUGGCUGAGAUGGCCGCCCUGAUGGAGGGGCUGACUCGCGACAAGGGCUCUCUGAGCCACCUGGUCCUGCAGCUGGAGCGGGUGCUGACCCAAGAGCGGGCGGGUGCCCGAAAGCAGCUGGCGCGGGCAGAGCAGCAGCUGGAGCUCGUGCGGGCCGCGCGGAGGGGCCUGCAGGAGGCCUGCGAUCACCUGGAGGAGGGGCUGGAGGGGCUGGAGGGGCAGGCGGCCCGGCUCCGGCACGAGCGGGCCCAGCUGCAGGAGCAGGUGGGCCAGGUCACAUGCAAGAAACAGGCCCUGGAGGAGCAGCUAGCCCAGAGCCUGCAAGACCAGGAGACCCACAUGGCCGCUCUCCAGAGGGCCCUGCAGGAGAAGGAGGCUUUGUCUGAAGAGCAGGCCCAGCUGCUGGCCAAGCAGGAGGCCCUGGAGAGGCAGGGACAGCUCACAGCUGAGGAGGCAGCUGACCUCAGGGCCGAGAGGGACUCCCUGGAGAGCAGCCUCUUUGAGGCCCAACAGCUGGCGUCACAGCUGCAGUCACAGCAGGAGCAGCUGGAGGGAGAGGCCCGGAGUGCGAGGCUGGCCCGGCAGGCCCUGCGAGUGCAAAUGGAGCAGCUGAAGAGCACCUGGGAGGUCCAGGAGACGAAGCUGCAGGGGGACGUGGGGCGGCUCCUGCAGCAGGUGGUACAGCAGAAGCAGGACACGCAGCUGGCCCUGGAGAGCCAGGCGCUGGCCCACCUCGAGGACCUAGCCCGGCUCCAGAGGGAGAAGGAGACCCUGAGUCUGUCUCUGACAGAGGAGAAGGAAGUGGCAGCACGCAGGCUGGAACAGGAGAAGGAGCUGGUGGCAAAAAGUGCAGCCAAGAGCGAGGCUCUGAAGGAGGAAAUUCAGAGCCUGAAGCAAGAGCGGGAUGAGAGUCUCCUUCAGCUGGAACAUGAGAUGCAGCAGGCCCUGGCUCUGAGGGAAGCGGAGACCAGCCAGCUGAGGGAGGAACUGUCCCGGGCCGCGUGGGAGCUGGAGCUGGUGCAGCAGGAGGCCCAGGGCCGGCAGGAGCGAGCCGAGGCCGCCAUCAGCGCCGCGACCGCAGACCUGAAGGCCCUGCAGGCCCAGUUUGGGGACGCCAUCUCGGCCCGUCAGAGGGAGGCCAGGGCUCUGGGCGAGAGGCUCCGGGAGAUGGCAGCCGAGCGGAGCAGCGCCAGGCGAGAGGCCGAGAGGCUGCGGGCACAGCUGCACGAGGCCCAGGAGGGGCUGGCCGCCCUGCGCCGGGAGCUGCAGGGCAGCGAGGAGAGCCGGGAGGGGCUGCACAGGGAGGCCCGGGACGCCCGCCGGGCGCUGGAGGACGAGGCCCGAGAGAAGGACAUGCUGCGGGAUUCCAACACCGAGCUGCGGGCCACCAUCCGCAGAGUUGAGCAGGAGAAGGCCAGCUUUCAGCGCUCCAAGGAGGAGAGUGAACGGAAGGUGCUGGUGCUGGAGGAGGCCCGGGCAGCGGCCCAGAAGGAGGCCGGCAAGCUGCGGGCCCUUCUGCAGGGGGCAGAGCAGGCACGGGCAGACGCCCACCGGCAGCUCCAGGAGCUACGCAGACAGGUGAUGUCACUGGAGGCCGAGAACCAGAGGAAGAGCCAGGAGCUGCGCCGCAUGCAGCAGCAGAGCCAGCAGGAGGCGCUGGAGCUGCAGAGGCUGGCGGCCGAGGCACAGGCAGCCAGAGAGCGCUCGCAGAGGGAGGUCCUGAGGCUGCAGCAGACGCUGGCGGAGGUGGAAGCCAGGGCCGAGGCCCGGGAGAAGCGGCUGGAGGAGGGUCUCUGCGAGAGCCAGGGCGCCGAGCGGACCCUCCGGGCCGAGCUGCACGGCGUCACCAGGAAGCUGCAGCAGGCCAGCGGCACGGCCGAUGGCCUCCAGGCUCGCCUGGACAGGGCCUGCCGCCGGGUCGGCAGCCUGGAGCAGGAGCUGGCCCAGGCCGAGGGCGCCAGGCGGGAGGUGGAGGCCCAGCUGGGCCGGCUGUGGUCCACGCUCUGCCUGGGCCUGGGGCCCCGGGGACAGAGCCCCAUGGCCCCCCCCGAGCGGCCCGGCUCCCCCACCAAAGGCUCAGAGGGCACCCAGGGUUACCCUGGGCGGCAGAGUGCCAGCGCCCCCGGCCGGUCCCGCUCGCCGCUCCGCUGGCCCUCGCCUGCCCCGGGAGACCGCAGCACAGAGGGGGCCGUGGCCUGGGUGAGGGACGCCCUGAGGGACUUGGCGCAGAAGCUGCGGGAUGCCCAGCGGGAGCGGGAUGCCUGGCGCUGCCAGGUGGGGAGCCUGAGCAGCCAGCUGAGCGAGGCCGAGAGAGAGCGCGCCCGAGCCCAGAGCCACGCGGGGCAGCUGCAGAGGGCGCUGGCCGAGGCAGAGGAAGGCCGGCGCCAGGCAGAGGGUGAGCUGAGCAGCACACAGGCCGCGCGGGCCCUGCAGGAGGAGGCGUCCCCGAGGCUGGAGCACCUGGCAGGCGCGGAGGGGCGGAGGCUCCAGAAGCACCUGGACACGCGGCACCAGGCCCUGGACGAGAGCAGGAGGCACAGGCAGGGCCUGGCCCAGAGGGCGCUGCUAGAGGAGAAGGUCGCCCCCCUGGAGCGCAGGCAAGGGAGGCCCUGCGGCAGCUCUUCCCUCCCGUCCUGUGCCUGCGUGGUGAGGGUGGGGGCCAGGAAGGGGGCUGUGCUCAAGCGGCGGGCAGGUCCCAGGAAGACGGACUGUGGGGACAGGGACACAGAGGACACAGGCUGGCGGGACCUGACAGAGCUGAGGAGGGAAGGGGACGACAUGAGGGCGGGAGCCGAGAAGGGGCCGCGGGACCAUACCCUGAGCCGCCUGCACCAGGAAGCGGACAGGGCCCUGAGGCAAAACCAGCCGGGCUCCACGCGCCCCACUCUUGGGAGUGGGCCGGGGCCCGGGGCUGGGGGUGUCCAGGUCCAGAAGGCAGAGCUGGAGCAGGCCUACGCCCAGCGGCUCCAGGAGCUGGCCACCCAGCACCAGCGAGACCUGGCGGCGGAGGCCGAGCGGCUGCACGGGGCCCACGUACAGGCCGCACAGGCCCUGGCGUCCCGAGAGAGGACCCACUGGCAGCGGGUGAAGGUGCUGGAGAAGCAGGUGGCCAGCCUGAAGGGGCAGCUGGACCAGGAAGUGCAGCAGCGGCGACGAGCCCGCCUCGGCCAGGCCUUCCGGGCCAAGAACUCUGUAAACAUGGGGAAACACGUGGAAAACAUUUCCACCAACUGGAGCCAAAAACAUAAUGUCCCGAAGGGCCCAGCUACCACAUCCCUGCACACAGAGGCGGCAGGACCUCCGUAUCCAGGAACUGCAGGGCCGUCACGGUGGCAGGUGGCUGCAAUGAACCAGCUGCACCAAGACCCCAUCCAUCCUUACGGUGUAGUGACCACGCCGGGUGGGCCUCCGCAGGAGCCGGAUCCUACCUGCCCCUCCAGGCCCUGUGACCUCCUGACCUCAUUCCCGGAGCAGGCACCGCCUCUGGGCCGGCCCCACACGGGCGGCUGGGGACCCACGGAGGAGGAGGAGGAGGAGGAUGGCCCCGGCUGCAGGGCACGCCCGCAAAGCCCUCUCCUCGCCGGCCAGGUCACCUCCGGGGGGCGCGGGGCCGUGGGCUGGGCCUCCCGCCCCUCUUGGCGCUUUAAGAGCCGCCUAAUUUGCAUGGCCCGGCCCGGCCCCGCCCAGGCCCGAGUGACCGCCCGCGAGAGGCGACCGGAGCGCGGCCCGGCCGAGCGGGAGCGGGACUCCGGAGUCCACCAACGGCGCGGCCGCGCUGCCCGCACGCCCGGCUGGCCGGCCCUGCGCGCCACUCCCGACCGCGGCCUCGCUCCUGCCCCGCGGUGA